UCAUCUCCACUGUGUUCACCUCAGAAUACUCGCUCUCGCUCCUACCAUUUUUUUUUUGCCACGGAUAUUGUGUAUGUAGUUUUAUAAUUGUGCUCAAAUAAAAUCAAGAAAAACUGCAUGAAAACGCAUUGCAAUUGCAUGCAAAUGUUGUCGACUGUGUGCUAGAUAAUAUGGCCUACUGGUUGAGAUUGAAAAAACGUUGCUAAUGCAGUUAAUAAUCAAUUAAAUACGGGAGUUCUCCUCAACGUCCACAUCGCUCACAUCUUGGUUAGAAACGGAAUCUCAUUGCUGUCCAAAAUUAUCCUCCCCCGACAACAAUUAUAAUGGUUUCCACCCGCCAAAUGAGUGGCAAUGCCGGAUCGGGGAAUGGCAAUGGCUCAGGUGGAUCCAAUACAGAUGAACAACCAGGAGGCCAGGAAGAGGCAGCCACACGUACUUCCGUAUUGAGGCGUUUUAAUCAGCAGCAGCAACAAUCGGCACCAACUUUUUUAAAUGGAAGCAACGUUGCAACGCGUCAUCAUUCAUACAACAUGCAGAUGCAACGUUCUUCCGGUUCCAGUGGCGGAGGAGCAGCAGGAGGAGCAUCUGAGUUAAAUCGUAUGCAGGCUCAAACACUCACUUUUCUCGAGUUACCCACGGAGUUAAUACAGAAGACUUUUGAAUACCUGGAUUAUAAGAAUAUCUCACAAAUACGAGUGGUAUCACAUCGAGUGAAUGAUAUUUGUAUGUCGAUGUUGAAUGGAGCAUUCGCUGGACAGAUCAAGAAUACAUUCAAACGCUUUCAGACGAUAAAGGCUAGUAUGCCACGUCGGGAGUCAGCUCGUCGUAAUCAUCCAUUAGCCUGUGAAUGUGACAUCAUUGAGACCUGUUAUAUGCGUUUAUCGCUGCUCCAGAUGUCCAUGGGGAAGCAUAUCGAACGUGGCCAUUGCUGUUUCUUUCCAGGAUCGAUACUGGAUGAAGUGAAUUCGAUAAUGAAUUAUAUCAGUAUUACGCCCAGAUUGCAGCGACCCUAUCGGGUGACAGAUGAACUCUUUGAUCUCUCCACCAUGGCCAUGGAGUACUUUAAGGAUCGCAUCGAGCCAACUUUACCUGGCUUGGCGUGCUUCAACAAGGACUUUUUCCAAUUGCCACCCACAACGAAACGACCCACUCUGGCCAUUGUCUCUGAUCUGGAGGAGAGCAGCGGUAGUGGAGGUAGCGGAAGUAGCAGCAGCAGCAAUUCGCCACCACAAAAUCACAUGGUAUUGCGCAAGGGCAUAAGAAAAAUCAAGGAGGGCAUGAGAAUGUAUAGUAAUCAAUUAGCAGUGCUACGCAAGGAUUUGUCCAGCUGCAAAAGAAAGUUGGGUGAACAGGGCAGGCAACUCGCUGAGCAACAGAAUCUAUUGACCGAACAGCAGAAACAGACACUCGAAUAUGCCAAUCGUCUGGAUGAGAAUGAUAAAAAGAAUGAAGAAAUGGCUCGUAAAUUCUCCACACUUUUACAGGAGCUAAACAAAUGUAAGACAGAGCUGCAAUUCUGGCGCUCCAAGAGCCCGGCCAUAUCCUCCGUAUGCAAUGCGUGCAAUCAGAAAGUAUCUCCCGUAUUACCACCCGAAGAUUUACAAGCGUUGGUCAAUCAGGGCGUUGAUCCGGAACAUAUAAUUAUCAUAAAUGAGGAUAACGAUGCAGAGAGCGAUGUCAGUGGUUGCGAAUUGAAGGAGUUUGCCUCGCCCGAUGAAUCGACCACGGCCAAGUUGUUGGCUGUGAAUACGGCCACAAAGAAUCUAAAACGCAAAUAUCCAUUCGUUGAGAGUGACGAGGAUAUUGAGGCCAUUGCGUCCACUUCCAAAGCAUCGGAAGAACAACAAUUAGCUGCGUCAGCUAUGCAGCAGGCUGCGGUAGCAACUAGCGGCGCAAUAGGAGGAGCAGGAGGACCAGUAGAGGUUGGCUCUAAUGGGGGAUAUUCGACAAAACUUUUCUAUGGCAAUCAUCAGCGUAGCGGUGUAAUUGUCAGUCCAGUGUCCAUGAAGAUGCCACAUCAGCAGCUGCAGCAGCAGCUGGCUAUCUCUGGCUCCUCCGUCACGGAGGAGGAGCCGGAGGAGUCGAAGAAAGCACGUAGAGUACAAAAGGCCAACAGAUGUGUAAAUACGCAUGGCAAGCGCAGUAAAUAAGCAUUAUCUACAUAUUAUAUACACAUAUUUUUUACAACUUAUUUACCAGAUAAGGGCAAAACAAAAAAACAAACAAAAAAAGGAAAAAAAAAAACAUGUAAGAAACAAAAAAAAACCAUGGGCUUGGUCCCAGCUCUAGAGUUAAAAGAGAAAUCAAAUUAAUUAUAUAUAUAUAUACAUAUAUAUAAAUCGAUUAUUAUUAUGAUUAUUAAUUAUUAAUGUCAAAUGCAAUAGGCAUACUGAUUAUUAUCAUUAUUAAACUCUACGUUCUUAUUGUUUAAA